UUGACUGGCUGCGCGCGCGAAGUUCUGGGCAAAGUACUGGGAACUGGCCGAACGUUCGCUGCACGCCGGAGCCGCGCGGAACAAGGCGAGCUGGGAGCCAGGAGGCCAGUGCGCAGCGCCGGCUCUGACCCCGGCAGCCGUCGGCGAGUAGCCGUCCCCGGCGCAGUCUGCUGCAGCCGGGGCGGGAACUAUCAGCUGUGCGUUGCUGGAGGACCGAAGAAGCCAGGUUUGCCUCCUUUCGCUUAUGCGGACAAACCCCGGUGCCGGGCACCAGGGAAACUAGGCGGCGUCCCCGGCGGCUGAGCGCGCAGUUCUAGAGACUGGAAAGUCCAAGGACUGGGUACCUGCAAAUCUGCUGUCUGGGAUUUCCUUUAGGGCAUCCAAAAUGCUUUUAAAACAUAUUGGAUAAAAGCUGAGCCACCUGCCUCUGUGGGACUUCCAUACUCCCUUCUCCACUGUCUUCUGAUGGCAUUCUGACUACAUUGAGGCCAAGUGACACACUAUUCAAGAUGAGUGAUGAGAAGAGCCUUGCGGUAUCCCAAAAAUUGGUCUCACCUUCGAGGAGCACAAGCAGCUGCUCUUCCAAGCAAGGAAGUCGACAGGACAGCUGGGAAGUGGUGGAAGGACUGAGGGGAGAGAUGAAUUACACCCAAGAGCCACCAAUACAGAAAGGAUUUUUGCUGAAAAAGAGAAAAUGGCCUUUGAAAGGCUGGCAUAAGAGAUUCUUCUAUCUGGACAAAGGAAUCUUGAAAUAUGCCAAGAACCAAACUGACAUCGAGAGAGAGAAGCUGCAUGGCUGCAUUGACGUCGGGCUCUCGGUGAUGUCUGUGAAGAAGUCAUCCAAGUGCAUAGACCUGGACACCGAGGAGCACAUUUACCAUCUGAAGGUAAAGUCAGAGGACGUCUUUGAUGAGUGGGUAUCCAACCUCCGCCACCACAGAAUGUACCGUCAGAAUGAAAUCGCCAUGUUUCCACAUGAAGUUAAUCAUUUUUUCCCAGGAUCUACAGUCACAGACUCUGGUCCUGGGGUCAUGGACACCAUUUCAAGUAGGAAGCGUAGCAGUAUAUCAAAGCAGAAUUCGUUUCAAACCGGAAGCAAUUUAUCAUUUUCUUGUGGUGGUGAGACUCGAGCACCAUUAUGGUUACAGUCUUCAGAGGACAUGGAAAAAUGCUCCAAAGACCUGGCGCACUGUCACACCUGCCUGGUGGAGAUGAGCCAGCUCCUACAAAGUAUGGACAUCCUGCAUCGGACAUAUUCGGCACCAGCUAUCAAUGCCAUCCAGGGUGGAGCUUUUGAAAGUCCCAAAAAGGAAAAAAGAUCACACAGGAGGUGGCGGUCCAGAGCUCUUGGCAAAGACGCUAAAGGAACGCUGCAGGUACCUAAGCCUUUUUCUGGCCCAGUAAGACUGCAUUCCUCCAAUCCUAAUUUGUCUACACUAGAUUUUGGAGAAGAGAAAAAUUAUUCUGAUGGCUCUGAAACCUCAUCAGAGUUUUCUAAAAUGCAAGAGGAUCUGUGUCAUAUUGCCCAUAAAGUCUACUUCACUUUAAGGUCAGCUUUUAAUACCAUAUCAAUGGAGAGAGAGAAACUGAAGCAGCUGAUGGAGCAAGAUGUUUCUGCCUCCCCCUCUGCCCAGGUCCUUGGUCUGAAGCAUGCCCUGUCAUCCGCCCUAGCACAAAACACAGAUCUUAAAGAACGCUUAUGCAGAAUCCAUGCCGAGUCUCUGCUCCUCGACCUCCCUGCUGCUGCCAAGUCGGGUGACGGUCUGGCAGAGGAAAACUCCAGAGAUGAUAGUCGGGCUCUGGUCCAUCAGCUUUCCAAUGAAAGCAGACUGUCCAUCACUGACUCUCUCUCAGAGUUUUUUGAUGCCCAGGAAGUUCUGUUGUCUCCAAGCUCUUCAGAAAAUGAGAUUUCUGAAGAUGAUUCAUAUGUCAGUGACAUAAGUGACAACCUUUCCUUAGACAAUCUCAGUAAUGAUUUGGAUAAUGAGAGACAAACUUUGGGGCCAGUGAUCGACAGUGGAGGGGAAGCCAAGUCCAAAAGAAGGACGUGCCUGCCAGCACCGUGCCCCAAGUCCAGUAACGUCAGCUUGUGGAACAUCCUGAGAAACAACAUCGGGAAGGACCUGUCUAAGGUGGCCAUGCCGGUGGAGCUCAAUGAGCCCCUCAACACGCUGCAGAGGCUCUGCGAGGAGCUGGAAUACAGUGAGCUCCUGGACAAGGCCGCCCAGCUGCCCAGCGCCCUGGAGAGGAUGGUGUACGUGGCAGCCUUUGCCGUGUCUGCAUAUGCGUCUAGCUACUUCCGUGCUGGGAGUAAGCCUUUUAAUCCAGUCCUUGGAGAAACAUAUGAGUGUAUUCGUGAGGACAAGGGCUUCCGGUUUUUUUCAGAACAGGUCAGCCACCAUCCUCCUAUCUCUGCAUGUCACGCUGAGUCUGCAAAUUUUGUUUUCUGGCAAGAUGUGAGAUGGAAAAACAAAUUCUGGGGCAAAUCCAUGGAAAUCGUUCCCAUUGGCACAACCCAUGUGACUCUGCCAGUUUUUGGAGAUCAUUUUGAGUGGAACAAAGUGACCUCUUGCAUCCACAACAUCUUAAGCGGGCAGAGGUGGAUCGAGCACUAUGGAGAGAUUGUCAUCAAGAACCUGAAUGAUGAUUCCUGCCACUGCAAAGUGAAUUUUAUAAAGGCAAAAUAUUGGAGCACUAACGCCCAUGAGAUUGAAGGUACAGUGUUUGACCAGAGUGGAAAAGCAGUACAUCGGCUCUUUGGCAAAUGGCACGAGAGCAUCUACUGCGGCGGCUCCUCCUCAUCCGCCUGCAUCUGGAGAGCAAAUCCCAUGCCAAAAGGCUAUGAGCAAUAUUAUGGCUUCACACAGUUUGCACUAGAAUUAAAUGAAAUGGAUCCAUUGUUAAAGUCUGUAUUACCACCUACCGACACUCGAUUCAGACCAGAUCAAAGGUUUCUAGAAGAAGGGAACUUAGAAGAAGCUGAAACACAAAAGCAGAGGAUUGAACAGCUGCAGAGAGAAAGGCGACGGGUCUUAGAAGAAAAUAAGGUGGAGCACCAGCCAAGGUUUUUCAGGAAAUCCAUUGAUGACUCUUGGGUGAGCAACGGCACCUAUUUGGAACUUAGGAAAGAUUUUGGUUUUUCCAAACUGGACCAUCCUGUCUUGUGGUGAAAGAGGAAAGAACAAGACAUCUUUGUGCUUCUCCUGCGUUUGCUUUCUGAAGCCACCAUCUUGUGUCUAUUUAAACAAUAUUAUCUAGAAUGAUCACUUGUGCUUCUUAGCUUAGCGUUGUAAGUAUUUAAGUAUAUAUUUUCUUCAGUAGGUUUCUUUACAAUUUCAAAUAUUAUCACGAUUGUUUAUAUGAAUGUAGAACACCUUGAUAUUUCUUUUUAUAUAUAAACUAUUUAAUAAAAAUAAAAGAUUGAAUGUUAAUGUGUGGGUAAAAAAAGAAACUUUAACACUAAUUUUCCAAAGGUUAGGAAAAUUCUAAUUAAAUUUAUGCCUUAUAGAAUAGGUUGGAAAGAAAACCCAUCUCUCCCAGGUGCAUUAAGGAAAAAGAAUACCUAGGGUUACUCACCCAUGCAUAAGCUACCCAGGUUUAUUUUGGUAGCUCAGGUAUAUUUUUGCCUCAGACAGCUUUCGAAUUGCUCACACAGAACAAUUCUGAUGAUGCUGGAGUCUGAAGAAUACUCGUAUUUGCAUUUCAGUGACUGGAGAGAAUGGAAUAAGAUUAGUGAGAUGUAUGUUUUUUUAUAAGAUGGGUGUGGUACCUUCUUGAAGAAGGAGACAUUUGAAGUCAUCUCUCCCUCUAGUUUCAUUGCCUAUGUGCAAAAUCAUACAGAGAAAGUGUUGAUAAUUUGAGAAAUCCCUGUUUAUUAAUUGUCAUAAUGAGGUUCCAGGCAGACAGUAGGAAAUUUCUCCUUAAAUUCAUUACAAGUUAACAAAAACUGUUUUCUCUUCCUACUCCACCCCAACCUCCCCCACUAUUUGCCCACAUCUCUGUUGAGUGUGAAGUGACCCAAUUUAGUGUUAAAAUACACAGGGCAUUCCACAUGGCACUUUGACUUUCCAGAAGUUUAAUAAAGUAGCGGAUUGUUUUAAGUAACUCAACACAUUUUCCUUAAAUACUGUUUUGGUAUUUUCUACCUCUUAAUAAGCAAUGUAUUUUAAACCUUGUAUUAAAAAGUUUGACCAUCUGCCUUAUGGAAAAAUGUAGAGAAUUGAGUUCUUCCUUUGUGCUGUGUUCUGAUAAAGCUUUAAAUGUCUUCUUAUCCCCUUCCUACACUUUCUUCUUAACUCAUAUCACUCAUUUGUGAGUUUUGCAGCAGUCUUGAAUGAUACAGAUUAUAACUACCAAAAAGAGAAACUUUGCCUUUUUAAAUGUUAUUGCCAGUUACAAUAAUAGAAUAUGUGCAGUAGUUGAAUUCUGUGAUCAAAGCAGUUCCAAUUUCUGCCCAUAUUACUUUAAAACCAAAGCUUGAAUUUUAAGCAUCCUCUGAAGUCCAUAACAAUCCUAUGGGAUAUUAAUAAAAUGAUGUGGUAAAAAAAAUUUUCUCCAGAAAACAUUUUUAGAUAUUUAAAUAACAUCAAAGAGUGCAAUGAGUGAAAAAUCAAAUAAGUAAUGGAAAAAAAGAUUUACUGUUUUUCAGUGUCACACAAACAACUAGUUAGAGAGUAUUCCAUUUUCAAAAUAGAGUUAAAGUGGAUCAGUAGCCUUUUGGAAUCUGCAAGUGACUAGCAUUUUAAAAUAAUACACAAUUCAUUAAAUAUUGCUUUCAUCCAUUCCAUUUUAUCAAGAUGUCAAGAUGAGCACAGUGAGAAUAUCAUUUCCAUUCCUAAUGGAAAUGAUCAAAUUCUGUGGUAUGGGCUUUGUUCUUUUCUUUUCAAGCUUCUAUCUGAAUUCUGCUCACAGACAGGAAGAAGAGGCCUGUGGAUUUUAAGGGUACUCCAGGGGAAAACAAAUCUCAUUUUCACAGUGUGAAGGUAAAUGUAGAACUUGAGUAAUACUGACUGCGGCAGAGGUUGGCUCAAAACAAGAACAAAACAUGCAACCUGAAUGGAUGUAGCUUUGUCAUGCGGUCUUUGCCAAGUCUUUAAUUGUCCCAGUGCUGCUAUUUCAAUUGAUCUUAUGGUUCAUUUUGUAAUCACAAGGAUCAAGGGACCAAAUGUCACCUUUGUAGUCAUUUGAGAUGGGAGUGUGGAUGAAUUUGAAUAUGUAUGCCAAUUUUAAAACCUAUUAGUACCCACCUCUAUAAAGGGUUUUUCUGACAUUUAAAUGGCUUGAUGAUACAUCCUAUUAUAAUCCUCAAAUUCCCUUGAGGGGGAUACAGCUCUUUUUUCCUUUAGUCUCUAUUCUCAAAAGCACCUUCUCAACCUAAUUUGUAUCUCAAGGACGUUUUAUAUUCUUAAGAUGAAGGAAGCAGAAACAUGGUGUUGUUUGAGAACUGAGGCAGAAUUGACUUUUCUGGAUUUUGAAUCUCCCAAUUACAUAAUGCCAAUCCCUUCAUAGCUGAAGGUACACGUUGUCACCUCUAUUUUAUUCCUGGUCCUCCCAUCCCAAACGUCGGUGAACUGCACGGCUGUUCUUGGAAAUGGGACUAUGUGCAGUCCAAUUUCCCACAUUACACUGCAGGUGAUGUGAUGCUAUCGCCCCUGCUGGCUGUCCCAAGCUGCAGGAGAUGCUUUUCAGGAAGGGGCCACAGUCUCCCAUGUAGCCAGGCAGAUCAUUUCCUCCCCAGGUCCCAAAGCCUAGGAUGGUAUUUCCUGGAGUCAAAUGUAAUAAUCAAAGUCUCAGUAUGGCUUCUUUCUCCAUGCCAUUCACCUCCUAGAGGCCAGGCUGGUUCUGGUACUAACUAAACAGAGUUCACUUUAGGACAACUGUCAUUAACCCCACAGAAUGCCCAGACAGCCCCCAAGGCCUCAUCUGCUUCCUAUGGGACUCUCUGGGAGAGAAAAAUAGACAAACCACUAAAAAAAAAACCAACAAAUUUACUUCAUUUGGGCUGCUGCUUUUCUCACUAUUUUUAAUUACUCCCAGUAAAUCAUUGACUUGGGCUUCAAGCACUGUCCUUCUGUGUUUUCCAGAUUUAUGAUGAGUGACCUUGUCCUGCUAUUAACAAUGUCAACACUAAAAGAAAAAUGAUAGUUUCUAUUUGAUUGUUGAAACUUGUAGGUCUAAUCCUUAUUCUGUAGGUUAUAUUAUGCCUUCCAGCUAUCAUAGAAUUUCCUCAGACCUUUUAGUUAUGAAUAGAAGCAAUAAGCAGUUGUAUUGACAUAAUUUAUUUUAAUGUCUUUAAUUUUGAUAUUAACAUUGGCAUAACUCUAUUUUUGCUACCAAAUGAUAGCUACUUUCAUGUGCUCAAUUUUCCCUACAUUGUAUUAAUCUGUUGCUUGAUGUUCGUCUCUAUUUUUCUCUUUUGGAAAUAUAGACCAUAUAAGUAUCUGCAAAUUGCAGCAAUCUGAAAUGCAAACCAUUUUCAGGAACUUUGGUUUUGAGGAAUGCAAUGAUCAGAGGUUGUUAAUUUAUUUGUGAUGAUUUUAUCUUUGUGUGUUACCCUCAGAGGAUACUAUUUUUUUUAAUGGAUUUUGUAAAUCUCUCAUCUAACUGUUUAUAAGAUUAUUUUCUGUUUAAAAUUCCAAUCUUCCACCCAUCCACCCAGGCCUCCCCCAAAAGCUCCGACUAAUUUGCUUUUCCCCCACGUGUAGCUAGUUGACUGAAUAAAUAACAUGGAAAAAGGCUG